GUAGUCGUUUUGAUGUUUUGCUUUUUUAGUACGUCGGGUUGUGCAGUAUCAUUUCACAAACUGGAAUGACUACAAAGCGCCUGAAUGCUCCACAGGAUUAUUGCGGUUUUUGAAUCGCUUACGAGAGUUGCCAGAAUUCAACGAUUAUCCUGUUGUGAUACAUUGCAGCGCUGGCGUCGGUCGAACAGGAACGUUCAUUGCUAUCGAUAGCAUGCUGGAUCAAUGUGCUGCUCAAUCUAAAGCGGACAUCUUCAACUUUGUCGCAGGUCUUCGAAAACAGCGGAACCUUAUGGUGCAAUCUCAGGUAGAUAAUUUGUGCUUUCAUCUUAUAUCUAGCAUCAGCAGAUUUUUUCUUCAGGAACAGUAUGUGUUCAUCUACAAAGCGCUGGCUGAAUGGCAUCUGUUUGGCUAUACUGACAUGGAUGUUGAACAGCUAAAAGAACAUUAUCAAGAGUUGUUGGAACCAGCAAAUAGGGACCGAUCAUCGUCAUUUACAAAUGCAGUCAAACUUGUCACACGUCCUGAUGCUGCACCUACGACUGGCAUGGAAGUGGAGUUCCGGAGACUCGAAAGAACUCUGGAAACCCCGGCAAAGUGCUCGUUUGCAGCCAAAGAAGACAACGUGAUGAAAAAUCGGUUUGAUUCGGCGGUACCAUAUGAUCGUAAUCGUAUCGUACUACGAGCAUCGAUCGGUUAUGCCGAUACCACUUACAUCAAUGCCAGCUCUCUUAAGGUGAGUAGUUCUAGACUUUUUUGUAGAUUUUAAAA